UCUCAUAAAAGGCAUAAGUUGAAGGUUUCUUUUUUUGAAACAACUUGAUGGGGAUAGGGGAAGAGAGCAAGCCUCCUAAUCCUUCCAAACCAUCUUCUUCAGCUCAGGAAAUACCAACAACGCAUUAUUUUGAUUGGUCGAGCUCCUUGCAGGCCCCAUUUUUUGCCUCAACAGUUGCUUCUACAACUCCCAACCCCUAUCUAUCAAGAAGCCAGCAUCUGUUGAUCCCACCAUAUGGGAUGCCAGUUCCACCAUAUGGGAUGCCAGUUCCAUACCCUGGUUUAUUGCCUCCAUGGGGAGUUUAUACUCAUCCUAAUAUGACCACGACUCCAAACCCACUACAUGUCAAUAUAGAGUUGGAAGGGAAGGGCCCCUAUGGAAAUGAUCGAGUUUGCACUAAAAAAUCCAUGGGAACUCCUGGAAGCGCAUGCAAUGACAGUGCUUCACAUUGUUUGUCUUCCCCUCUUGCUAAUAGUGUUGAUAGUGAUAAUGAGGGUACAUUAGAUGCAAUUGAAAAGAAUAAUGAGAAACAGGAUUCUUAUGGAAGUAAGAAAAGAAGGUUUCACCAUAUGGUUGCAGAUGGAGCCAAUACACAAAGUCACACUGUUGGGGCCAUUGGUGAAGCUUUAGUGCCUCCUGCCUCAUUACCACUUGUGAUGGGAUCUGAAUCUGUAAUGCCUGAGCAAUUGAUGCAGAUUCCAAAUGACGACGAGCCAUUCCUUGAAGUUGCCCCUCAAAUUGAUGAAAAUGAAGUUGUCUGUGAUUUAGAGUUGGUAGACAAGGAUGACAAUGAUGUGCAAUCCAAUAAGAAAGAAGCAGAACCGGAGGGAGGAAUGAAGUUUAGUUCUGAAAAAGAACUAAUACUAUAUUAUAGGCGGUAUGCUCAGCAAUCGGGGUUUGGGGUGACAUCUAAAGGAGGUAAAAAUAAUCCAGACGGGAGUCAUAAGUACGUCACCCUCACAUGUGCUCGUUAUGGCAAGAAGCAAACUGAUGCAAUUAAUAUUCACAAGCCUAAUCCGACAACGAAAACUGGGUGUAAGGCCAAGAUCAAUGCAUCGUUCAGGGAUGGAGCAUGGUGUUUGACUACUGUUAAUGUGAACCACAAUCAUUCUUUAAGCCCUAGUAAAACAAGAUUUUUUCGAUGCUAUAGGAGGAUGGAUGAUAAUGUGAAAAGAAGGCUCGAAUUAAACGAUAUAGCUGGGAUAGGUGUGAGUAAGAACUUUAACUCUCUUGUUGUUGAAGGUGGAGGGUAUGAGAAUCUGUCAUUCAUGGAGAGAGAUUGUCGAAAUUUUAUUAACAAGGCAAGACAUCUUCGGCUUGGCAAAGGAGGUGCUGGAGUACUUUACGACUACUUUACUAGAAUGCGAGAAAUGAAUGAUGGCUUCUACGCUGUGAUGGAUUUGGACGACGACUCUAGGCUAAGGAAUGUGUUCUGGGCUGAUGCACGAAGCAGGGCUGCAUAUAAGUAUUUUGGGGAUGUGGUUACAUUUGACACGACGUAUUUGACCAAUAUAUACAAAAUGCCAUUUGCUCCUUUCGUGGGAGUGAAUCAUCAUGGUCAGUCAAUACUUUUCGGGGCCGGAUUACUAUCAAGCGAGGAUACGACCACAUUUGUUUGGUUGUUUGAAACAUGGUUGAAAUGCAUGAACGGCCAAGCUCCAGUUGCAAUAAUAACAGAUCAGGAUAAGGCUAUGAAAAGUGCAAUUGCAAAAGUUUUUCCUAGAGCCCGACAUAGAUUUUGUUUAUGGCACAUUAUGAAAAAAUUCCCAGAGAAGCUAGGAUCACAUGCUCAAUACAAGUGUGGCUUGAAGAGUGCCAUACAAAGUGCAAUCUACGACUCUCAAACUUGUGUUGAAUUUGAUAACAGUUGGCAAGGUGUACUGGAAAAGUAUAAUCUUCGGGAUAAUGCAUGGUUGUGUUGGUUAUAUAGUGAGCGGGCUCAUUGGAUACCAGCGUAUUUAAAAGAUACAUUUUGGGCCGGAAUGCAAACUACACAAAGAAGUGAAAGUAUGAAUGCAUUUUUUGAUAAUUAUGUGAACUCCAGAAGCACGCUGAAGGAAUUUGUUGACCAAUUUGACAAUGCUUUGAGGAGAAAGGUUGAGAAUGAGAAAGUAGCUGAUUUCAAUUCUUUUAAUGCCACCAUUCCCUGUGUAUCUCAUUUUUCUAUUGAGAAGAAAUUUCAAGAACUUUAUACCAAUGCAAAGUUCAAAGAAGUUCGUCAGGAGUUUAGUUGCUUGAUGUAUUGCAAUUGCUCUCUUAUUAAAAGUGAAGGUGCAAUUUCUACCUACGAAGUAUCUGAUGAGGUAACAGUUGAUGAUUACACAAAAGAGCGGAAUUUUUGUGUUUACUUUAAUGGAGAUGAAUGUGAAGUUAAAUGCACUUGUGGGUUGUUUGAAUGUAGAGGAAUCUUGUGUAGGCAUGCCCUUGCUGUACUGACAUUAAAGAAAGUGAAAUCUUUGCCCACAAAAUAUUUUCUUGACCGAUGGAGAAAGGAUUUGAAGCGCGCAUAUACUCUUAUUGAGAGUAGUUAUAAUGUCUUCAGUUGCAACCCUGAUGCCCAAAGAUAUGAUUGCUUGUUGAAAAAAUGUAGUGAAUUAGCAACGCUUACAUCAACCAGUGAGGACUAUUACAUGGAUGCCAUGCAUUGUAUAGACAUGUUGCUAGCGAAAUACAAGUGCUCAAGGUAUGAACCCAGUCCACCCUCCCAUGAUAUUCCAUGCGCAUCUUCCAAAAGUAAUGAAGGCAUUGAUGGUGUAGUAGUGAAAAGUACCAAGGUUCUUAGUCCUAUAGCGGUUAAAUGUAAAGGCAAGCCACCAUUCAAAAGAAUGGUGUCUACAGUUGAAAAAGUCGUGACAAAAACAAAAAAGAAACAUCAGAGUCACAACAAUGCCAACCAGAAGGGGAGAAAAAAUCAGGCUUGCCAAGAAAUUCAAGAAAGGGAAUUUAACACAAAUGAAGCUCCAUUGGCUUCAAUAACUGACACUCAAUAUGAUCGCAUAAUUGGAACGCAGGAAACUGCUUUUAUUAAGGAUACGGGUUUCAAUCUAUUUGAAUAG